AUGUCUACACGAACUGUUAUUCUUUCAGUAUUAGCAACAGCUGCUAUUACUGCUGGAUUAGUUGAAACCUAUCAUGCAUUUCAAAAUAAACCACAACCAAAGAAACUAGAAAAAUCAGAGACCAAAAAACCACAUUCUGAGGAAUUGAUUCGUGAACAACUUGCUAGAAACUAUGCUUUUCUUACCGAAGAAGGGAUGGAAAAAGUCAGAAAUCAAAGAAUAGUAGUUGUUGGUGCAGGUGGAGUAGGUUCAUGGGUUGCUACCAUGUUGGCCAGAUCAGGAGUUGAACAUUUGCGUAUUAUUGAUUUUGAUCAAGUUUCAUUAAGUUCGUUAAAUCGUCAUGCUGUGGCUACUUUAAAAGACGUGGGAAUUCCAAAAGUUGAUUGUAUUAAAACCCAUUUAUUGGAAAUUGCUCCUUGGAUAGAAAUCGAUGCUCGUAACCAAUUAUGGGAUAUCAACCUGGCGGAACAAUUAAUCUAUGGUGAUGAUUUCCGUCCUACAUUUGUGGUUGAUUGUAUUGAUAAUUUGGAUACCAAAUGUGAUUUGUUAGCUUAUUGUUAUGAAAAGGGAAUUCCUGUGGUCUCUUCAGGCGGUGCAGCAACCAAACUGGACCCUACUAGAAUCAACAUGGCUGAUAUCUCCAAAACUGAAGAAGAUCCAUUGAUGAAAAAGAUUAGAAUUGUGUUAAAGAAAAGGGGCAUUCUCAAGGGAAUUCCAGUUAUAUUCUCUGCUGAAAAGCCUGAUCCAAGAAAAGCAAAGUUGUUACCAUUACCAGAAAAUGAAUUUUCCAAAGGAAAUGUUGACCAGUUAUCAGCAUUGAAAGAUUUCAGAGUAAGAAUCUUACCCGUAUUAGGAACCAUGCCUGGUAUGUUUGGUUUAGCCAUUGCCACAUAUAUAUUGACCACAGUUUCUGGAUACCCUAUGGAACCAAUUGAAGGAAAGAACAGAUACAAGACUUAUGAUGAUUUGUUACAAAGUAUUGCCGGACAACAAACAAGAAUUGGCAUGACUGACCAACGUGUACAAAUAUCAACUCAAGAUGCUAGUUAUAUUUUGGAAGAGGUUUUCCAUGGUAAAUCACCAAUUUCUCAAUAUUCCACACGUUUGACAUUAUCUCGUUGGGACCCAAGUAAGGAAAUUUCAUGUCAAAAUGUUGUUAUCAUGACUAAAGAUGAACAAAGAAACCAUGAAAAGAGAGUCAUACUUGGCGGUGAAAAACUUGAAGACGUUUACUCCCAAGAAGUUCUUGAUUUGGUGAAAUCAAGAUUUGAAGAAGAAAAAUUCUAUUCUCAGUUUAGAUAG